AUGGCCAGCAGCCCUCUGCCCGGCGCCGCCGACCUGCUCCUGGCCGCGCCGUCGGGCGCCUUCGCGGGGGACGCGCUGGGCCCGGGACAGCCCCCUCCGGCCCCCUCCUCGCAGCGCGGCCCGCCGUCGGCGCACGGCGGCGCCAUGAAGCCCAACCAGGUGGGCCAGGUGGUCCUCUACGGCAUCCCCAUCGUGUCGCUGGUGAUCGACGGGCAGGAGCGGCUGUGCCUGGCGCAGAUCUCCAACACGCUGCUGAAGAACUUCAGCUACAACGAGAUCCACAACCGGCGGGUGGCGCUGGGCAUCACCUGCGUGCAGUGCACGCCGGUGCAGCUGGAGAUCCUGCGGCGGGCCGGGGCCAUGCCCAUCUCGUCGCGCCGCUGCGGCAUGAUCACCAAGCGCGAGGCCGAGCGGCUGUGCAAGUCCUUCCUUGGCGAGAACCGGCCGCCCAAGCUGCCCGACAACUUCGCCUUCGACGUGUCGCACGAGUGCGCCUGGGGCUGCCGCGGCAGCUUCAUCCCGGCGCGCUACAACAGCUCGCGGGCCAAGUGCAUCAAGUGCAGCUACUGCAGCAUGUACUUCUCGCCCAACAAGUUCAUCUUCCACUCGCACCGCACGCCCGACGCCAAGUACACGCAGCCCGACGCUGCCAACUUCAACUCCUGGCGGCGCCACCUCAAGCUCACCGACAAGGCCCCGCAGGACGAGCUGGUCUUCGCCUGGGAGGACGUCAAGGCCAUGUUCAACGGCGGCAGCCGCAAGCGCGCCCUCCCGCAGGCCCACGCGCCCGCCCCCUCGGCCGGCGCGCCCCACUGCCACCCGCUGGGCGCCGUCAAGGCCGCCGUGGUGGGCGUCGGGGGCGGCCUGCUCAGCCCGCACCUGCUGGGCGCGCCCCCGCCGCCGCCGCCCCCGCCCGAGCUGCACCAGAAGCGCGGCCGCUUCGACGACGACGAGGAGCUGCAGGAAGCCGUGGCUGCGGCGGCCGCAGCUGCAGCCGCGGUGGCGCACGGCGGGGGUGGCAAGGCGCCGCGCAGCUACCCGGUCAUCCCCGUGCCCAGCAAGGGCUCCUCCUUCGGGGGCGUCUUGCAGAAGUUCCCCGGCUGCGGAGGCCUCUUCCCGCACCCCUAUGGCUUCCCCGCGGCGGCCUUCAGCCUCUGCCACAAGAAGGAGGACUCCGACGGGCUGGGCGUGGCGGGCCAGGGCGCCCCGGCCGGGCAUAAGGCGGCGGGGGGCGCCCCGACGGCAGGCGCGGGCCUCUCGGGGCUCUUCUGGCCCGGCACCCGUAAGGAUGCGGCCGCGGCCGCCGCGGCUUUCUACCCGCCCUUCUGCAUGUUCUGGCCGCCGCGGACCCCGGGGGGGCUGCCGGGCCUGCCCACCUACCUGCAGCCCCCGCCCCAACCCGCCAGCUGCUCGGCCCUGGGCGGGGACAGCCCCAGCUUGCUGCGCCAAGCCUUCUUGGACCUGGCCGAGCCGGGCGGCGAAGGCGGCGCCGCCGGACUGGGCACCCCUCCCGCGGCGGCCGCGCCCCAGGCCAGCAGCGGCAGCAGAGACGCACGGGGCUUCGAGGGCGAGGCGGCUCGGUCCCCGCCGGCCGAGGGAGGGGGACCUCGCGGCCCCGCCGCUCACCAGCCCCACUUGCUGGAAGGGCAGCCUCGGGGCAAAGGGGCCGCAGCCUACCACCACUCCAGCGCCUUCCGCCCCGUCGGGGGGAAAGAGGACUCGGAGAGCCUGGCCAAGCUCCACCACCACCACCAGCCCCGCUCCUCCGCCUCGCCGCCCCCGCUCUUGCUGCUGCCCCCGGAGCCGGAGCCGGGGGGCUGCGACCGGCCUCCGCAUCCCCCGGGGCACCGCCUCCUCUCCCCAGGGGGCACCAGCUGCAGCUACCCCAGCGAGGACAGCAGCGAGGAAGAGGAGGAGGAGGAAGAGGAAGAGGAGCCCGAGGUGGACGUGGAGAGCCACAAGCAGCCCGAGGAGGAAGAGGAGGAGGAGGAAGGCGAGGAGGAGGAGGAGGAAGGCGAGCCAGGACUGGGGGAGCCCCUCGGGGGAGCCGGCCGCUACCUCCAGAGCAGGGGCUUGACGGACAAGGCAGUCGGCCGGGACAGGGCUAACGCUUCGACCGCCCCGACGGGGCCCUUCCCUUUGACCUCCUGCCGGCCGUCCCAGGAGGAGGAGAAAUCCGGAGGGGCCAAUUCCGAGCAGCUGCUGCCUCCCCCUCCUCCUCCUCCCCUGCCCACCUGCCCUCCGAAAGGGGGGAGCAGCGGCGGGAGCAGCCCGGCUCACCAUCCAUCAACCGAGGAGCAGCCACCGCCCCCCUACAAAGAUAUUCAGAAGAGCAAGGAAGGGCUGCCCCAAGUGGUCAUAUCCGCGAAGGAAGACUCCUUUGCAGAUAAGAAUAAGGAACACAGUUUUUUCAUCACAGACUCGGAGCAUCCAGGUGGAGACUUCUGGAGGAAUAUAGCAGGCGAACCCAUACAGGAAACCAAUUCACCUCAUUCUCUAAAAAAAGAUGUUGAAAACAUGGGCAAAGAAGAACUUCAGAAGGUCUUGUUUGAGCAAAUAGAUCUGCGAAGAAGGCUGGAACAGGAGUUCCAGGUCCUGAAAGGGACUGCGUCUUUCCCAGUUUUCAAUAACUUUCAAGAUCAGAUGAAGCGGGAGCUAGCCUACAGAGAAGAAAUGGUUCAGCAAUUACAAAUUAUCCCCUAUGCAGCAAGCUUGAUCCGGAAAGAAAAACUCGGUACACAUCUCAGCAAAAGCUAA